CUCUCAGUCGCUACGCACUUCAUGUAGCCUACUACAACACAGCCCGUGUUCUUCUGGUCAAUAAUUUAAACGCGUUUGGGACGAUGGAUUGGAACACAACACCCGAGCGCACAGCGUAAAGACGCGCAGGCCUAUCCCAUAGUGUGAUGUUUCAAGCUAUAUCCGGAAUUUGGAGAUGCCCACCUUUGCCAAUGAGGUAAGAUCAUUCAUGUUUUAACUUUGGGGUCGUUAAAUACCUCGGAUCUGGCAUGGAGUGUGAGUUAUAUUCUGGUGAUGGAGAGAGGAUAUGGCUGUGGGUUGCAGUACAUGUUUACCUGAAGGCAGGGUAGGUUACGCCCGUACCAACAGAAUGCAAAUAUAUUGACUGUGACCCGAUGAAACCACAUGAUCAUUAUACAUCAUGCUAGUGUUAUCGUUCAUCUUCUAAUUACAUUUACAAGUUUAAAUGCUGUAUAAUUAUUUUUGCAUGCUGUGUGAGACCAAAUUAUAUGUUUUUUAAUGUAGCUUAUCUGAGAGAAGAGCGACAAACUAAUCUGAGCGCAAUAUAAUUUCAAAAAAUUUCUAAGAACUACAUUCCAUUUCUGUUCAGAACAGUGGAGGCUGCUGAGGGAAGGACGGCUCAUUAUAAUGGCUGGAACUGAGCGAAUGGAAUGGCAUCAAACACAUUUAAACCAUGUGUUUGACGUAUUUGAUACCAUUCCACCUAUUCAGCUCCAGCCAUUACCACGAGCCUGUCCUCCCCAAUUAAGGUGCCACCAACCAGAACACCACUUUGACCAACAGCCGAUUCUCAACAACACACUCUUGGGCCAUUCCAACCAAUCCCAACACUUAAUCCCUUUCUCUUGGCAGGCAUCACCACAGCUCACAAGGAUCCCAUCCAGAGGAACCAUGUGUCCUGAUCCCAGGCUGCAUGGUCUCGGAAUACCAGGAAAAGUACCCUGCCUACUGCACCACUGUCGUUCGGGCAGCCAAGAAGCUGAAUAAUGAGUAUCAGCCACUGGAGGGAAGGAUAUCCAACAUGACCACUUUCAAGUGAGAGACACAUAAUUCAUCAAAUAAGAUAUGAUAUUCUGGUAGAAAAAGAGUGAAUGACAACAUUAACAAUUUAAUAGUUUGCGUAGUUUAUUCAGUCUGCACGUUGCAAGUCAUGAGGGUAAUGUCUUUCAGGUCAGACUACGUGGCCCAUGAAGUGACCCAGAGGCCACCAAAGGUCACCAAGGUGUAUGAGCCAUCUGACGGGAGAAUGAGACACAGCAGUACCUACACCAGGGACUACCCAACCCACCCGGUUCAGAAGCACAUUGUGACCAAGCCAGAGGUGUAUCAUCCACCCACAGCAAAGAUGGUUGCUCAGUCCUUAUACAAAGGUACAGAUUCUGUGUCUUUAGUAGGGGAAUAGCUUAAGAUGUAGGCUACUCAGUAUUCGAAAGAUUAAUAAAUCAAUUAUAAUCAAAUCAACAAUAAUUGUUCAAAUGAAAUGAAUACAUCUUGGCGUUAACAUUGAAUUUGUAGAAUUUGUAGAUGUUUUUAAUGGUCAGAUGAAAUGAAACCAUGGAUUUGACAUUAAACGUAGUCCUCUCUCUAUUAUUUCCAGGGGAAUUCCGAGCAUGGCACAACCAGAAAGUCCAACCCUACAGGACGUGUGACAACCUGAAGCUGAACGACAGCAAGUUCGAGGUGACCACCACCUUCCAAGACGACUACUGCUACAAGGGCCCGACCGAGGCCAGGGAGAGCUUCAAACCGGCCGCCGACACCCGGGAGACCCUGCCCUUCGACGGCGCCACCAACUACCACACGCAGUAUGUCCCCCACCCGGUCCAGCCCACGCAGCCCAAAGGGAAGGCUGUCUACAGGCCCACCAGCGCCCCCCUCAAUGGGGUCUCCACCUACAGGCAGGACUACCGGGGCCUGCCAGCCGAGCCCGCCAAGCCCUUUAGGGCAAAGGUGGCCUGGGAGAGCAGCCCGGCUGUAUUCCAGGGGACCAGUGAGUUCCGCGACCAGUACAAGGUCUGGCCCCUGCAGCCCAAGCACCAGCACCAGGCUGAGAAGUACUGCCCACCCGAGGGCACUAUGGUCGGUCUGUCCACAGCUCAUGCUGACUAUGUCGACCACGAGUGCCAGCAGCGGCCCCAGUCCGCCCGUCCCCCGGUCGAGGCCUGGGCGAAGGAGGCCAGGGAGCCCCUCCAGACCAGGUCAACCAUGAAGGAGGACUACCGGAUCUGGGACGUGGUCCCCCCCCCCCCCAUGGUCUACGCAGAUGAGCUAGAGAAACCCAAGGGGGCUUUCGCCAACACCACCACCUUCCGCUCAGCAUACACGCCCAAGACGGCCCAGCGCGCCACCAGCUUUAAGCCCACCCAGAAGCUGCUGAGUCCCAAGGCCAUGGAUGAGGAAUCCAGCUAUCGCUCCACCUACACACCCAAGGAGAUCCCACCUUGCCCAGCCCGGGAUGGCUGUCCUCCUGGCUUUGAGUACAGCUCCAUGGGGGCUGGAGGACACAGGCUGUCCCGGACCAUCUCGGUACAGGAAACGGGGCUGGCCGCUGCAACAUCCGAUAAGCCCUCUUACUCCCACAGCAGGAAGAGCUGCAGGGUCCCCAGCCGAGCCAAGAGGGCGCCG